AGACGAGUAUCUGAGAGGGGAGGAGGAGGGAUGUGUGUGUGUGUGGGGGGGGGUUGAUGUUUGCCACUGAAGAGAUCAGGGGUCCUGGUGUGAGGCGUGAAGGUUAGAAAGAGUUGGAGUGCUUCUCAUCAAAUGGCUGCCAUGUAGAAAUGCUGCCCAAAGACACAUUUUAUCCAGCAGGUGGGAGUCCGAGUUGUCUCUGACUGAUAUCUGGUCAGGAGGAAUGCUGAGUAUGUUAAUCCUAAAUAUUAACAGUCGAUGGAUACCUCCUUGUUGAUGAGUAAUGGCCCUCUGAGGGCAGAAUGGUCAGUUUUGCACUAUGGAAGUAUGAACACACUAUAUUCCACAGCAGCAGCUUGUUGGGGUGAAUUGUGUCAUGAACAGGCUCAAGGCUCAAACAAAAAGGAGGAAGUUGUUUAAGUGAGCUACUGAGAUAAAUAAAUCAAGGUUAUGUGAUAUCGAGGGUGCAUGGAUCAGUGAAGACUGACGUAUACAAAGUAGACUAAUCGGACAAAGAGGGACUGAGCAUACCAUCUUAAACGGCCUCCAAGCCCAGAAGAUCUUUCUUACGGCCUCCACUCUGCUUGGUUUCUUCUGAAAGCGGACUGUGGUCAAGCAGUCUUUUUUGCUUAGGGAGGUUCCUAACAGAGUGAAAUGACCCAGAAGUAUCUAAAUGGCAGCCAUGAUAAGAGCUAGUCGAAUCCUUUAAAUGCUAAGGUAAAGUGCUUCAAUGCUGAUUUAGAAUCGGGUACACUGGACCACUCUUUACCGAAGGACAGGAGAUAAUACUGUCCCACAAUUCCUUGCGGCAGCACCGCCGACACACAAGCUUUAUGCUCUGAGCACGGUGGUUGUGUUUUCCUUAUGAAAUCAUCUUCUCCUUUACAUCUUUCCUUGACCUCAUGACGUCUUCCAUCGAGGUCAAGGAAAAGUAAUGACCUUCAAAUUCGAUUUUGAAAUAUAACAUCACUACUGUCAUUUAAAUAUACGUUUUUUAACAGACUAAACAAAAAUGAAAACAAGGCUAUUGUAUUGGAUAGCAUUAGAUUGUGCAGGUAUUGUUGCUGUGUUCCCCCGUACAGUUUUGUUGACCCCCACAGACCUGUAGAGGAAACUACGUUAAAACAUCCAAGACCCAUUCCGGCUCUAAUUGAUAUGGCAAUUAUCAGGCUGACGUUGGAUGGAAUGUUGAGGAUGAAAGAUGAUGCCAUCUUUGACAUUAGCUUCAUUAGCUCCCUUCUUUGACAAUGCCUCACACUAUUUUACCAAUGUAUCUGCUCCGCAGCUGCUUCACGCAUUGCUUUAAUACAGUUUUAUCCAGAAGAAUUGAAAGUUCUUCAUUUAUUUCAUGGAACUUGCAGUAUUGUCAGGACUUUUGCUGUUGUUUUUGUCUAGUUUAAUGGCAAUCUGUGAUCAAAAUCUAAACAAAAUGCUCCUGCUUUCUAACAUGGCUGCUCUUUGAUCCAGGUUUAGUUCUCAGGGAAUAAAUUCUCCAGACAAGCUACGCCACCCCCAGCUUUUUCAGGAACACCACGCUAGUUGGCCUGCACCCAAAGCAAAAAGUUACUCAUCAAAUCCAAAUCUAUCUACACUGGAGAGAAAGUUGGCGAUGACGCCACUGGUGGAAAAACUAACGGUGUGGUAGCAAAUCAAAUGGGAAUCCAUAGGAGUGUUGUUGCAGACCCUGUUCAAGAAGGGGGGGCAUCCCAGCAAGCAACUGUGUCUGUGGGAUGUCCCAGCCAUAUCUGCCUGGCAGCUUACUGGCUGACACCUGCUCCUUCCAGUCCUAAGUAUCAUUACCACCCCUACCCCUGUCUGUACAACCAGCUCGUAGAACACUGCCCCCUCCCUCCCAAAUAUCCAACCCAACCCUGCCACAUACUUCAGCCCUUCUGCCGUUUUAUGUUCUACUCCAUUGCAUGCAACAUGGUUUGGUCUUGUGCAUACAAUUGCAGCAUAGUGGGGAUGCCUGGGUUUUUGCAUGUAUACCAUUUCUGGUAUAUAUGUAAGUAAGACUUGAAAUAGGUUUGGCUAACUUUUAAUCCCUACAAGGAAGUAGUAUCACCUGCAAAUAUGACACCAGACAGAGUGGCUCGCUGCUGGCUGAAAUUUCAUCCAGAGCAAUUGAAUAAUGUCAGUCUAGAACAGUUAUGCAACAGGGCAGUGACAUGAUGAUGUGCCUUCUGCUCAUGCAGGCCAGGAAGUUUCUCAAGUUUCACAAGAUGCUGAAAUCUCCAUCUGGCUUUUGAGAUGCACCCUCAUUACGUUUGAACAAUUUCCAACAGGGCAGGUACACUGUGCUUUUAUUUAAGAAUAAAUAUGGGACGUAGAGUAUUCUAAAUUGGGUAAUAAAUAGUUUUGGGGAUUGUUGUGAGGAAUUAUGUGGUGACUACGCUCAUUGGGCCUCAUGCAGGAACCGAUAUGACAGAUUUUUGUACGUAUCCACAGUUUUCUAUUAUUUUGUUGUACCCAUUGAUUUAUGGGAUUCAUCAAUGUUUUCUUAUUUUUGCUCUUCUCUUAGGAAAGAGAACAUUUUACGUGGUGAACAGCAUACGUUUGGUGCAUCUAGUGUUGACCUCUCCUAUUAUUUCUCAGAAAAAUUAAGAGAAAGAAUGAGAACUUUAGGAUAAUGUUGCUGAAUGAGGCCCAAUGUAUUUCCUGAAACCUUAGAAUGUUGAAUUUCAACAAUUUCUGUCUUCUCAUCCCACAGUGUAUGUCAGAGGAAGAGAGCAUUAUGUAGUAGCCUUGCAGGACGCUACAUACACAGCUUGACCCUUGGAGAGGAAUCUACACCAACUGCACUGACCUGCGUCAGAAUAGCACAGUGUCAAGCGCCAGCUGCGUGACCCACUCUUAAGUGUUAAGUUAUGUUAUGUCACUUUGGUCCGAAGUGGGGAAAAUGUAUAAUUUCAAUAUCUCUGCCACGAUUAGUGAUACUUGUCCGCAGUUCUUUCAUUAUGAAACCAUUUGAAUGACACCUGACUGGAAGAGUAGCAAUAUGUGCUUAGCAACCACACACAAUGACAUAGCGAGCCUCUAUAAAUAACACCUUUAUGGCAGACUAUAUUUAAAGCUUCUCUCCCACAUCAAAUUCAACACCUGUCUGUGGAGAAGGAGCCUGGAGAUGCAGAUCAACAACAUAAAAUUUAAGGGGAUAUAUUUGUUUCAUUUUCAAGAUAAAUACGCGUUUUCAAAUAUAAGAAUACACUUUAUCUUUAGACGGCCUGAGGCCUAAAAAUAGCUGGCUGACGGCUGACGUUUUUUUUGUUAUAGUCAGUGUAAAUGAUGAUUAUGCAGAUUUACAAAUAGGCUGAAUUGGAUAUUAUGCAAGCUGAACUUUCAGUUGCACGCCUGCAGUGUUUUACUUGUUGCAGACCCGUUGUGAGUGUUGGUGGUUGCGCCCUUGAAAUUCAAGCCACCAAUGUCACGUGUGGUCAGGGGGAGGCUAUAAUUGUACCAGGCUCGCUGGUCCAUCUGCACCCUGUCACACAGGAGCCACCGCCCACCCAGGACCCAGAUUCAAUUUCAGCGAGUCAGUACUAAACCUUGCAAAAAAUAUUGUGAAAUUAAGCUGCACCAAGGUGGGCAGUGCAGUGAUGUUGUGCGGCAACAAAUUAGGUUUGCUUCGAGUGAGCAAAAACACAAAAAUUAAACAAAAUUGUAUACUGUUGUUAUACACAGAUGUUGAAUGAUUGUCUAAUUUUCACGCCAUUUUUUUAUCAGACUAAAAACACUGGUAAACUAUAUUCUAUAAAGAAAACAGUAGGUAAAGUGAGAUUAGGGAUUUGUCUUUUGUCCUUCACCACAGUAUUAACAAGUGAGUCAUGCAGGUGCUGCUGCUCAGUAAAUAGGUCACGGCCCUUUCAAUUGGAUUAACUGGACCCAAACACGUGAACACAACAUGCUCUAGUGGGAGAAUGUUUAUUUUAGCGUAUCAAACGUGUAUCAGUGCAUCUGAAUGAAUAAAGGGCUGGCAUUCCAGAGGCUUGCAGUACACUAUGUGACCCCGUAUCAUUGCACAUGCUUCACUGUGCAAUGUAACAUGCAUGUACACCUGGCUCAGUGCCACAACCCUGGGGACACAUAUAUAUAGUGUGUAAGUUUCACCUUCAUAUGCUUGUCCUCAGCUUGUGUUACACAAGGAUGCGUUCAAAUGUGUUCAUUUGAGUGAUUCUGUAUUGACUGGAUGGUUUCAUUUAAGGGAUAAUCCGGUUGUCUAUUGGCGCUUUUCAUAUGUCCUCCCAUUUAAAGGGAUAUUCUAGCGAUUUGCAGCUCCAUAAAGUUGGGGGACUUGUGAGAGACAGAUCUUAUCAGGAUGGACAGAAGUGUAAUAGAAGUGCAAUAGAUGUCUUGUGUACAGAAUGUACAUUUCCUUUCUUUUCCAUCAAAUAAAAAUUCUAAAAUAGCCGGGACUGGAAUCUUUAGGAUUGCCGCUUUAAACACCUCUCCAUAUAGGCUGGUAACACAUGUCUUACAAUUGGCAGCUGAUCGUAUUACUGAAUGUCUGUUACAUAAUCUCACAGUAUGCUGUCCUACUUUUGCAGCACAGCCUAUGUCCUCAAAAGAUUAAACACUUUAACUACAAAGCUUUGGCAAUGCAUUUAAAUGUAUUACACCCCCAUUGUUUUGUACUUUGAGAGUAUGUAUGAUUUUGGAGCCGACUGGUUGCCCUGCAGCAGUACACUCUUCAGAUCAAGGGUCUGCUGCCCCCUGUUGCUUUUCUCUGGCCCUCUUACAACCUUAAACACGACUGGCUCCGGGUCCUCCAUGACAUAAAAAAACACAAGCAGUAUGUGCUGUUUUCAACUUGUAUAACAUCCAUCUGGUACGUCUCCGUUGUAAAUGAGUGUGAUUAUGUUCUAUGCUUUUACUUCUUUCUUUUGUGCUACCUUUUAUACACUUUGUUCUAUUUUAUUGUUAAAUUAUAUUCUAAUUUAAAAAAUCUGAGAAUAUCUGAUAUACUUUAUUUGUAGUGUGGAGGGGGCUACAGCUGCAUUUCAUGGUGCCAUCGUGUAUCGUAUCAAGAGAAAAAAGAAUAACCUUGAACCUUCCCAGUGGUUAAAGCAGAUACAGAAUCCACUGUUCUAUUCUGAGCCCUCAAAUGUGCUUCAGGAUUAACUUAGAAGAAAAAGAAAAACCUAUUAGCAACACAGAUUUACAUGCACACACUUUAAUUACAAUGGUAUUUUAUUAAACAUAUUUCAACAAUUUAAAGAAUUGUGAAAAGGUCGAAGGUCAGCCCAGGUGUGUUUCAGUCAUUUAUUAGCUGUGGCAGAUACAUUUAUUUUAAAUGUACACAAAACAGAAACAUCAUUCUUUGACAGGCAGCACUGGAUAUUGUUCAAUGUUGUUGCAGGGUCGAAACACCAACACUUAGAAUUAUACUAUAUAUAACUUUUAGACAUGUUGCAUACUUAACAUUACAUCACAUUUAUUUAGCUGAUGCUAUUAUCCAAAGCAUUACAAUAAGUGCAUUCAACCAUAUGGAUAUAACCCAAAAAGUGCAACAAUUAUUAAUUUGUCCCGACACAGUUGUGCAACAAAAGCUUCUAUGCUGAAAAAACUGAAAUCAUUAGCACUACUUCUAGAAAAUGCAAUUCUCCUAUUCUGCUCCCAAAACUUCAGACAAUACAUCUGUACUGCUUACUGUACUUACUGUAAUGUAAGCAGUUUGAAAUUGAGUUUACUGUUGACUGUACUGUCAAACAUACUGCUAGAAUCCACAAGGUGGAGACAUUUGUAAAGUAUUUGCAGUGUAAGUUGACCCGGCACCUCACUGUCAUCUUUUCCGCUCUAAAAGGCUGCUUCAGAUGUGGUUAGACAUCUCAUCUCCAAGUCAACAAUCACAUCAAUGCAGAUCACAAACAUGUGUAACUCCCUGGCAAGAUACCAUAUAUGCACUGUACACUGGAAAGGUUUGGCUCAGUUUCAGCUAAUAACAUGAUUUUAAUAAUGCAUACAAUUAAUUAAUUCUCCUUUAAGCAAAGCUCACUACACAUCCAUAUAGGUUUAGUAUCAAUUAUUUACUAUCUGUAUUCUACCUUGGACUUUAACCUUUCUAAUGGUCAGGAAAUUAUUUUAUUUUAUUUCAUUUCAUUUCAUUUCAUUUCAUUUUAUUCUAUUUUAUUUUAUUUCAUUUUAUUUCAUUUUAUUUUAAUAAACUGGAAAUACCCUGCUCCUCUCAUUAUUAAUACUCUGCAGCAAAGGGCCAGAUCUUCUUUAUGUCUGUACCUUGUUCACAGAUAACCUGCUGAAGAGAGAGCACACAGUACAGAAUACAUAGCCAAACAGGUUGAGUCUGUACAAGUCAAAUGUUUCACAGUUCACAUUUUACAUUUAAAUACACAAACCUUGCAUUGUGCUCCAUAUCAGUGCACUUAAACUCUUCUCUGGUUAAUAAACGCACAGUACACCCUAUAUGCAGUGCAAAGGUCAGGGCAGUGUCAGUCAUGUUACCAUGGAGAGAGCAUAUAUUGGUAAACUAGCAGACAGGCUGCCACUAUGACUCAUGGCUACUUACUGUAUGACUCAUAAUUCAAAGGUGUAUUCUGUGGAUUCUGCAAUGGAAAUACUUGGAAAUUAUUUCAGUGGUUACUUACAAUUGAUUAAUUACACCGAAAUUGAAACAUAUUUACGAAAGAGUAAUUUGCCAACUAAUACAUUUAUUUUCAUAUUUCUGGUUUGGGAUUAUGAUUAUGUAUAUUCCAGCCGUCACCUUUAAGCAGGUGGAAUCAGUGACUUGCCUUGCACUACCAAAGUUGACUUAGUUAUUUAAUUCUUGCCCACGAAUGAAUCAAAACGUGUGAACAAUUUACUUAAUUUGAGGCCAUGCAUCAUAACUCAUGUGCAUGAAUUAGUAAAUGGUGGCCUUGGUAGAGGCGUCUACUUUUUCUCUCUGUGGUUCAGUAUAAAUUAAAUGAGUUAUUCAAAAAUAAACAGAAGUGUAAAAUAGAGUUUUGUACAUGUUGGUUAGCAGAAUAGUGCUAUAGGGUGCUACAAGUAUAAAGCUUUUUUAUAUAUUCAUUAUUAUUUAACAACUGACAUCAUGUAUUCUCGAUGUCUAACCUUUUACUGUCAGUUUUGGGGCUCCAUAAUCACUUCUUUUCACUUCAGUGUCAUUGAUCUUUUAUAUCCCAUGACACUAUUAAACACUGUGGCUUUAAGAGGCCAGGCAGCAGCGUGCAUUGCGCUGCCUUACUUCCAUUGUAUCAUGGGGUGUGGCGUAUGAACUACAGACUGUAAUAAAAACCCUCUCAGACUUCCUGAAAAACUCGUGAAAGAGCGAGAUUCCACAGCGUUAGUGUCGCACCAUGUCUGAGUGGAAGAAGAGAUGUGAGGAUGAGUGGAGCCUGCAGGGCGCACCGAUGCCCGACACCCUGGACUGGAAGUCCGUCUAUGACGUCAAACCGCUGGGGAGAAAUAUGUUGAAGAACCCGUCACCUCACGGUGUAAGCAAGGACGUCCCUCCACCUGAACCCGACCUGCCUGAAGUGCCAACACGUGGACCUCCACGUUUUCAACCUCAUGGCGACUUCAGCGGCUGGACCACGAGCAUUGAAACCCUCCCCUACGACUCCAGUGGCAUCCCGGCAGGUGCUGUGAUCUGUCAGUUGCCUCAAUGCAGCUGGUUCACCAUGGAGCAGGUUGUGGACCUGAAGGCAGAGGGACUGUGGGAAGAGCUGCUGGAUGACUUUCAGCCUGAAAUAGUCGUCCAAGACUGGUAUGAGGAGAGUCAGCUGCAUAAGUUCAUCUACGAGCUGCACGUGAAGUUACUGGGUGCAGACAAAAGCACAGUGAUCUCAGAGCACACCGCCAACCCCACCGAGGACCGCAGCGCUUACUCACACAACUGGAAGGAGGUGUCACACGUGUUCUCUGGCUAUGGACCAGGGGUGAGGUAUGUCCACUUCCAGCACCGGCUGAAGAACCAGUUCCUGAACGGGUUCUACGGCACGCUGUCCAGCGACAGCUCGGUGAUGGUCAGACCAACUAAAACCAGCGCCUAGGUCAAAUCCUACAAAAAGCUGCGAGGCAGACAUAGUUGCUAUCACACUCAAUGUAACUGACCAGAUUGACACAUUUGCUGGAAAAAAAAUGAAAGGAGGAAAGGGAAUUUCUUUUUGCUGUUCUUUUAUUUAACUGAACACUGUUUUGUGCCAUAAAUUAAACAUGUUUUUUUCACAGUACAUUUUGUUUAUAGCAGAGCAACAGGGGCCUAACAUGACUAAUCUGCAUGAAGCAGACAUGCAGUACACUGUAAACACCCUGUCUAUGCACUCUCACUCAGUUUUCCGGUAGUUUUGUAAGAAUUAAAUGAUGGGUUCUUGACUUGCUAGAUACAUGAAAGAUUUACAAUUCAUGUUACUGUGGGAACGAUCCUGUCCUUAGUGACCUACAACUCAUGAAUCAGGAGAUAUAGUUACCACUUUUAAACAUUUUAUACACAUUUAAAAAAAAAUAAAUUGUGUUUAAGUUAU